AUGAUUCCAAUUAUCUUCUUCAUAGCCAUCAGCUUCAUCAGAUCAGGUACUUCUCAAGAGGAACCGUACUACGUUGGAGAUGACUGUCAAAACAAAAGCCCACAAGCUCUUACUGCCUCCUACAAAGCCAACCUUAAUCAGUUACUCUCAGGGCUGUCCAACGAUGCUUCCAUAAGCAAAUACAGCAAGAUCACCAUCGGAAACACCACUAACACCACCGUGUAUGGUCGUUACAGCUGCCGUGAUGAUGUUGCUGGAUCCUUCUGCCAGUUCUGUGUUACUACUGCUACCAGAGAGGUUCUCCAACGUUGCCCAAAUCAAUCUUCUGCCAUAAUAUGGUACAGUUACUGCAUGCUGCGAUACUCUAAUGAGAACCUUUUUGGGAAGGUGGAGAUAAGCCCGUCAUGGUCCUCGGAAGGAACGAAGAAGGCGUCGGAUCCAGCAGAGGGGAAGAAGGCCGAGAGUUACAUAAGGAGCCUGAUCAGAGAAGCAACGGAGGAGACAAAGAGAUGGAGUGCAUGGGGAAAGUUUAACUUAGGUGGUGGAAUGAAAAGGUAUGCGUUGGUACAGUGCAGUGAAGAAAUUAGCAAUAAGGGUUGCCAGCAGUGUUUGGAAGCUAUGUUGAAUAAGGCAAUUCAAUGUUGUGAGCAGAAGCAAGAUUGGCAAGUGGGAACGCCAACCUGUUUGAUUAAGUACGCUAAUUACAUGUUUUGCCACGAAGCAAGAGUAGAAAAGAUGAAACACGGUUGGAGAGCACUCCUACAGCUUAUGACCUUUCUCAGAGCCAGUUCACUAAAUAAAGACCUUCCCACAAUCCCUUUGCUUGCCAUUCAACAGAGCACUCGUCACUUUUCAGAAGAUUCUAAAUUAGGAGAAGGUGGAUUUGGUCCUGUUUAUAAGGGAACACUACCAGAUGGGAAGGGAAUUGCUAUGAAAAGGCUGUCUCAAACUUCAGGUCAAGGUUCUCAGGAGUUCAUGAAUGAAGUGAUAUUCAUAGCAAAAUUGCAGCAUAGAAAUCUUGUUAGUCUCUUGGGUUGUUGCAUGGAGGAAAAUGAAAAACUACUUGUAUAUGAGUAUAUGCCAAAUUCUAGCCUUGGCUCACACCUUUUCAAUGAAGAAAAUAGAAAGAACCUAGAUUGGAAGCAAAGACGAAAUAUUAUUAAUGGAAUUGCAAAAGGACUUUUGUAUCUUUGUGAAGACUCUCGACUUAGAGUAAUUCAUAGAGAUUUGAAAGCCAGCAAUGUCCUUUUGGAUUAUGAGAUGAACCCUAAAAUUUCAGAUUUUGGAAUGGCAAGGACCUUUGAAGGAGCACAAAAUCAACAAAAUACAAGACGAAUAAUGGGUACAUAUGGUUACAUGGCUCCGGAAUAUGCUAUGGAAGGACUAUUUUCAGUGAAAUCAGAUGUUUUUAGUUUUGGAGUUCUUCUCCUAGAAAUUAUAUGUGGGAAUAGGAUUAGUGGUUUCUAUCUCUCUGAACAUGGUCAAAGUCUUCUAUGUUAUGCUUGGAAUUUGUGGUAUGAAGGAAAAUGUUUGGAAUUGAUGGACCCAAUGCUAGAAAAUUCAUAUAUUGCAAAUGAUAUUUUGAAGUGCAUACAUAUUAGUUUGCUUUGUGUUCAAGAAGACGCAGUAGAUAGGCCAACCAUGUCUACUGUUAUCGUCAUGCUUGCAAGUGACACAAUGACUUUUCCUAGACCUAAUCGUCCUGCAUUUUCAGUUGGAAGAAUGGUCUUAGAAGAUUUAUCCACUUCAAAUAUUUCCAAAGAUGCUUCUAUUAAUAUGGUAACCUUGUCUCACAUCAAACCCAGGUAA